AUGACCUUUCUCAUCCUGCAGUUGACGGCAAGGACUCAUAUACAAUCUUAUUAUUGUCACUUUGCUGCCUAGUAUAGCGCUACAGUUACACAGGACAACACUCAAACUAUAUCUAUGCUCUCUUUAGCUUGAUUAUCGCAAGCAUUAGUUAGAUCUAGGGUCAACACAUCUUAUACUACGGAAAUCCAGAAUAUAUACCUGAAGCUCUAAGCCGUUUAAGAACGAGAACCAACUUUCAAAAUGUCGUCCACUUCGUCUUCGGAGCACAGCAGGGUUCUAGGCGGCUACGCUCGCAAACUGUCUAUCACCCCUAAAUCUAGCAUCAACAUUCAUAUCAACAACCAUUAUCACUCUCGAGUCUACACCACCGGAUCGGAAGUAUCAGGACAUGUUACCAUUACACCCCAAACCGAUACGCGAUUCGACACGCUCCAGGUUGUGUUACUCGGAACUAGCAAAACCCGGGUAGACGCCGUAAAUAUUCCCCAGACGACCUCUCACACUUUCUUGAAGCUCAUAAUGCCUAUCCCGGAAUCAUCCUAUCCAAUCCCGCGCGUGUUCGAGGCAGGUCUGACUUAUACGGUACCAUUCACCUUCGUCAUUCCGAGCACCCUCACUCUUAAUGCGUGCAGUCAUCAGGUCGCCAACAAUUCUGUUCAGGACCACCACAUGCGAUUGCCUCCUACUCUUGGUUCUUGGGAAAAGGAUGACUUUGCGCCGCACAUGAGCCGCGUUCAGUACGUGAUCAAGGCACGAGUGUACAAGGAUGAGCCGGCUGAUGAACUGACUAUAAAAGUUAUGGAAGCCGGGCAAGAGAUUAAGGUCUUACCCGCGAUGCCGGAAGAUGCCCCAUUGAGUAUUACCAAGCACGACGAUUUGUACGUUAUGUCGAAGAGUAAGUCGCUACGGAAGACUAUCAUAUCGCCCAAGACAGGAAAGGUGACUAUCACGGCUGCGCAACCCAGCGCAGCUAUGCUAAGUCCCGACGGGCAAACGAUCGCCUCGACUACAGUACCACUCUACCUCGAAUUCGAACCAGCUUCUAUCGACGCACACCCACCGAAAAUAACAGGAAUAUCAUCCAAGGUUACGGCGGUCACGUAUUUCAGCGCCGGCGGCGUCAGCCAGUACCCUAACCUGAAGGAUUGGCACAGCGCAUUCGGCUCCGAAGGCCGCGGCUCGUACUCUGGCACGACAUCCGUUACCACAGGGCCUUUAGAGGAGGUCAAAUGGAGCGGACACCUAACGGCACAGGCUCGACGGGACUCCGGAUACGGCAGCGACAGCCUCUCAUCUGACACAGACCUACCCCCUAGGCCCGCCCCCAAAAAGACCAAGGGCAGUCUCCCAUCCCCGAUAUUCCACGCGGCGCAACUACAAGUGCCGAUUCAACUACCAGUACAGAAGAAAACAUUCGUGCCAACUUUCCACUCGUGCAUCACGUCGCGCGUCUACGUCCUGUGGUUAACAGUUACCGUCGUUUCCGGCGGGUACAGCGCACACCUAACCCUAGGCGUGCCUUUACAAGUCGGUGUCCGCGGCGCGGUCUCGCACCUAGAUAAUACCGCGCUGCCGCCUAGCUUCGAGGAGGUAGAGGAGGCGGAUGCGGACGAGUAUCUGCGCCCGCGCGUCAUGAGCCUUCCUACGAUUAAUUUCGACCAGAACGGGGCGCUGCCAGGCUACGCGGACUUGGAUCACCAUAGACGGAGGACGGUGGUCGCGCACUGAGGUAUGAUUCGAUGACAUCUAUACGCUUUUUUGGUUAUUCUUCUUUUACAUCUACAUUCCUCUUGCCUCGAAAGGCAUUAUGCGGGACUUGAUACCACCUUCGUUUGGGAGCGAUUUGUCUAGGGCGGGGAUUUGGAAAGCGUGGCG